AAAAUUUAUUUAAACUGUAAAUUUAAAAUUUUUAAUUUGAAAAAUAACCGAACAAUAAGCUAGUGAAUUUAUAAAAAAAUGGGUAUAAUUAUGACUAUUAUUUAUAAUUUUGUCUGCGCGUUUAAAAUAUUAAACAAUGGCAACUUUUGUUCGUGACAUAUGACUGCACAUGUAAUUGCGUAAUGCAACACCCGACAUUGACAAUAAUCAUCAAAUUACCUGAGCACACAAAUAUACAAACUCAUACAUUUGUAUUUUAAAUUAAUGUAUAUCAUUCAAGUCAUAUCCCCAGUCUCAGUCGCGAUUUCGUUUGUCGCGUAGUUCUAAUUUCUGAGCUCUAAUGCAAAGUAACCGCGGGUAUUACUGCGCAUUUUUUUAAAAUUAAUCAUACGUAAUUUUCGUAUAAAAAAAUAUACCGUAUGAAAUUUAAUUAUUGAGUUUAUUGCAAAUUAUUGAAAACUGAUUAGACUUAAAAAAAAAAUUGUCGUUUUCUUGCAGUCGGUGUCAAUUUUAGUUUCUAAUGAAAUGUAUUUUCUUAUCGAUCAAUUAUCGAUCGCAUCUGAGAGCAAGAUGAUUUUUUAAAAUAAAAAUUGAAUUUUAAUAAAUUGUCACUAAAUUUACUGCCACAAUAAUUGGUACCAAAUUUUCCAGCUUGUCGGUGUUACUGGGCCUUAUUUCCCAGUAUUGUAAUGGGUUAUUAGAAAAAUCCUUUUUCUUCAGGUACAUUUACUACUUUAUGGGGUUGAAAUAUAAUUACUCCAUAACCUAGCAAAAUAUCUCAGUGUUUUAAUUUUUUUAAAUUAAAUUCGUUAUAUUUUUCAUACUCGAUAUUUAUAAACAAAAGUAAAAACAAAUUUCAAAAAUUAAAAAUAAAUUAAUUCCAAAAAAAAAAGUAUUUUCUCAUAUCAGUAAUUUAAAUUCCACUAUAAAGAUACAAAAAUUCGACCACGUGUUGUGCAAAAUUUAAAAAUUUGAAUUAAAAGUUCCUGUAAACAAAUUUUUUUUUUAUCAAAUAUUUAUUACGUCACACUAAAAAUUUUAAAAUAAAUCAAUUGUCUAUUAAAUAAAAAUAUUUAACCCGGUUUUUAAUGGGGGUGGAUCUUUAAAAUAUUAUAUAGUCAUAUAUUUAAACCGCAGUAAUACCCAGACCCUAAUUAUUUAUUAAAUUCUUAAAAUAAAAAAAAAGUAAAGUCUUGAAUAAAUAAAAAAUAAUUAGGAAUGUGUGUUUUAAUCCAUCGGAUUGCAGUGUAUAUAUAUUUAAAAUAGUGUGUGAGGGAGCGGCAUUCGUGUAUACAUAUUACCCCGGAAGGGGUCAUCGCUGCUAAAAUAGCACGUGCAGUAGUUUCUUAACGAGUCUGCCAGCAAGACUAGUUGUGAACUGGAAGCAACCGUGACUGGGACAAAGUAAAAGCUUUUAUUUAAAAGACUAAAAGUAAACCGUCAGACACGUAAACGAAAGCAACAAAAGUAAAGCUGAAUAUUUAAAUAAAAUCCUAGCUGCUAUCAGAUAUUUAUUAAUUACUGCUUAGAUAACUGAUUAAAAAAUAUAACAAAACACCUGACAGUCGUUAUUUAAUUUAAUUUAAAAGUACUGCAGUACAAAAUAAAAUUUAUCGCAACGACGAUCAAUCGGUGACGUUUAAAGAUUAUCAGCAACAUGGGAAUCGAAAAAAGAAUAAUCAAGACCUCAUCGCCAUACCCAUCGCCUAGUGCUAAAAAUACCAGUCGGUCAAUUAUUGACGUUUCCGAGCUGGACAAUUACAAUUAUGACGAAUCCGAUGGCGAUAAUUCCUCGUCUCUACACUCGAUAUCCUCAAGUAACAUGGAAUUAAAAAGUAUCACGCGGUUACUUAUCAGUAACUCGAUCGCAUGGGCGCGUUGUUCUGUUGAUAAUUUAUCAAUUAAACUGACACUUGGCAAUUUGGGAUUUUUUAUUGUCAUUAUGGUUAUUAUUGUGCCGAAAACAUUUACAUAUUUUAUGAUAUAUCCGAUUUUUAGAUUACUAUUUGGUACGCUUUAUCCAGCUUACGCCUCUUACAAAGCCGUAAGGACGAAGAAUGUCAAGGAAUACGUAAAAUGGAUGAUGUACUGGAUUGUUUUUGCGUUAUUCACCUGUGCUGAAACAUUCACUGAUGUAUUCUUCAGUUUUUGGUUCCCAUUUUAUUAUGAGAUAAAAAUAAUUCUCGUGCUCUGGUUAUUGAGUCCCGCAACCAAGGGCUCGAGUAUUCUAUACCGUCGGUUCGUACAUCCCGCACUGAUACGCCGUGAAGCUGAGAUCGAUGACGCUCUGGCACGUGCCACCGAGCAAGGCUACACUGCGGUACUUCAUCUCGGUACUAAGGGUGUAAAUUAUGCCACCACAGUACUCAUGCAAACGGCAAUUAAGGGUGGCGGUGGGUUAGUGCAGCAGCUAAAAAAAAGCUACAGUCUGAGUGACCUGACAGGCGAAAAAGAGGAUGAAAAUAGAAAUACAUCACUGAUGCACGACGAGACAGAUAUGAUAGAACCUCGUCGACGAGAAAAUCCUGGCAGAAGAGGAUACAGUCCACGUAGAACACAAUCAAGUUGUAAUCGUGUUGAUAUGUUUUUUUCUGAAGUUGAUGUUGAUGUUAGACAACCGAGGCCUAGAGAACCAAUAAGUAUAAAUAACAUACGGUCAUCAGACGACAUAUCCAGCGGCUACAGUAGCGGAGAAGCUGUUCAAACGCACCGCAUGACGCCACACACGGAAACGCUUUUAAGGACAUCGAGUGUUGGAGCAAGAACGAGGUCUUCAAAGCCUCGAUCUACUGCUAAAAAAUUACCCGAGGAUGAAGAAGACACGUGUGAGUUUGUGGAUCCUCAAUUACCAGCUUUGUCUGUAAUUAGCGCACAACAGAGUCUACAACUUAUGCUGUUUUUGUCACAAAUGCACAGUAAUGCACCGCUAAAUUAUCCGACUGUAGAUGAAAUUUUAAAAAACACGGGUCAUUUAUUUCCGUCUAAUUUGCCUGGAUCAAUACUAGUCGCACCAGAAAACGAUAAUGAUAAUAGUCAAUUAAAUAUUAAUUAUGAUAAAUGUGAUUAUAAUAAGACUGAUGAUAAAAUACGAGACCUGAAAAUCGAUUCUGUUGAUUCUGAUGAUACAGACGUUAAUUUCAAAUCGAAAAAAUUUUUAAUAGUCGACAAUUCAGGAGAACUUAAAAAAAUAUCUAGUCCAGAUGAUUUUUCAAAACCAUCUUGUUCUAAAGAUCUAAUAAAAUCAAUUGGUUCAGAUGAAUUAAAAAAAUUAUCUAGUUCACAAGAAACAGUUCAAUUAUCUACUAAAGAUAAUUUAACAAAAUCAUCUAGCCAAGAUAAUUUAACAAAAGUAUCUAGUCAAGAUAAUUUAACAAAAGGACCAAUUCACGAUAAUUUAUCAAAAAUAUCUGUUAAAGAUGAUUUAUCAAAAGUAUCUAUUGAAGAUAAUUCAUCAAAAUCAUCUGAUUUAAAAGACUGUUCAAAACCAUCUACUCAAGAUAAUUUACUAAAAGUAUCUAAUUCACAAGACCACUCAAAAUUAUCUACUCCAGAUGAUUUAUUAAAAUUAUCCACCAAAGAUAACCUCAUAAAACCCACAGAUCUAGAAGAUAAAAAAUUAUCUUCAGACAAUGUAUCAAAUCCAGAUAAUUUAUUAAAACUGUCUAGUCCUACAGAGCAAAAAAAAUUAUCUAGUUCACAUGAACAUCUAAAAGUAUCUAGUCCUCAUGAAUUAACUCCCUGCUCUGCCUCAAAUGUAGACAUCACAAAGAUAACAGACGAAAUAUGUCAAGAAAAAUUUCUGGAGCUCAAAAGACUACUGAACAACGCCCACGAAGCAGUGGCAAGUAUUGUACACACCCCAGAUAAUUCGUCAUCAAUCCAAGGAGAUCCAAUGCCCGCGAACUUGGAAGACAGGAGUAAUUCAAAAACAAGCCUCCCGACAUCCCACUCAUCAGCGAGCGUAUCGCGAAGCAGUUCCGAUUGCGACCGUGCCGGGAAAUAUCACAAAAAACCCGCGCCCAGAGUUCCCUCGACCACAAAAUCGGAAUUUGACGCUGGUAAUAAUGACCAAGUCGUCGACGAGGACUCGUCAGCUGAAGGAGAGACCGAGCAAGCGUUGAAAGCGACCCUCGUUAUCAAAACUGAUAACAAGUUUUGCAACUUUACCACGAAGUAAAAAACCAACGAAGAAAAAGGUGGCAUGAAACAUAACAGCUGCUGAUCACAUUAAAGAAGAAGACGGAAUAAUAGCAUACAAAUAAGAGCUAAUGCCUUUACUUCGCAUCAACAAUAUAUUUGUAUCACAUCAUCACGAUCAUAAUCAUUAUUAUAAUCAUAGUCAUUAAUCAGGUACAGCCAUCUUGUUUCCAAUGUGAUUAGCGGCGUUAAUUAAUGAAUAAAUUACAAGAGCCAAAACGCUUUAUCUGCGUCUAGCUUUUUAGUCAACCGAUUCAUUUUUAUACUCAAUUUAUUUUUUUCAAUCAAGUUUCCGAAGAAGAAAAUUUUUUUCCAUGAGUAAUUCAACUCUCGGAAAAAGAAAAGUAAUUAAAUAAAAAGUUUUAAUUGUUAAUUUAAUUAAUUGUUUACAUUUAAUGCGUAAACUAUUUACUGUAAUGACUACAAGCUGGAAUUUUUUUUUCAUUUCAAAAAAAUUUUCUAUUCUCAAUCAUCUCAAUGAUAAAUAAAAAAAUUACAUAUAAAAAAUAUUUAAUUAAUUAAUUAAUUAAAUAAAUAAAUAUAUAAGCCAAGGAAUUUAUUUCCAUACAAAAAUGUAGUCAUUAUUUAAAAAAUAUGUAAACAUGUUCCUCUGCUUUAUACUGUAUUUUUAUUACCCAUUAAAUUGUAAAGAUUGAAAUAAAUAUUUGUGAUAUCAAUAUAAUAAUAAUUAAAAAAAAAUAAAAAUUAAACAUGACAAUUAAUUUAAAUAGAUAAAAACAAAUUAGAUAUCCAGGCUCUAGUCAUGUGAGCAGACGCUCGUAAUUAUUAGUAGACAUAAUUAGAUAGACUGUACUGUCGUACUGAAUUUUUUAACUAAAAAAAAUAUUAUAAAUUUUGAAUGAUAAUUUAUCAUAAAAUAUAAUUAUAUUUAAAAAUUAUAUAAAUACUCAUAGAUGUGUUGAAUUCGUGUUCUUUUAUAAAAUAAUUGCUGUAAUUUACGUAACAAAGUGUAUGCUCUCUUGUGCCUGUUGUGCUGCAUAAUUAUUAUUUACUUAUAAUAUUAUUUGUGCCCUUUAUUAUCAAUCAUUAUAAAUAUUACGGCACAAAUAAUAAUAUUAUUAUUAUUAUUUACUUUAAUUGUUGUAUUGUACGCACAAGUUUAUCGUUAAAGUAUUGACUUAAAUAUUAAACGACGGUAAAGAUUUAAUUAAUUUAUAUAUUUUGUAAAAAUAAAUUUUAUUAACAAACUAAUUUAUUAAUAAAUUAUUACUUAAUUACUUAUCAAUAUUAUAAUUAAUUAAUUAAUUAAUUGAUACUUUUAAAAAAGCACAUUUUUUAAAUUUAAUUAUUUUGUUUUACUAAUUUAAGCUUUAAUUAAAAAUAACUGAUAAUUAAUAAACAAUUGUAGCUAAAAAUUAUUAUAUCGGAAAAAACGAGUAAAGAUUUUUAUUAUUGAGAUAUGGACAGAUUUGUUUUGGCGGUGAAAAGAAAUUCAAAUUUACUGUAAUACAGAGGACGGGCUAUGACUUUUUGAAUUAUGGCGGUAAUAAAUAAUUAAUUAUUAUUGUGAAAAAUAAUAAUAUAUUUAAAUGUAAGACGGUGCUGCAGAUUUGCCACUUGUUUUUGUACUCGUAUGGAUGUUCAUUUAUUUAUUAUUAUUGAUAAUAAUGAUAAGCAAAGUGUUAAAAACUGAUCAUAUAAAUUGUGACGAAAAUUGUAUCAGAUAAUGCGUGAAUUGUUGAUAAAUAAAAAAUGAUAUUAAUUAU